UAUUCUGAUUAUGACCCCACGUGCUUAACUUGAGGUGGUUCGCAUCGCAUAGCAAUAGUUGUACAUUAUCACUUUCGUGUCACCAUCGACAGACAAAAUGGGAAAACGUGAAUACGAAGGCGACGGCGAAACCCCCAAGACAAAGAAGACCAAAAAGUCACUUGCAGACGUAACCGACGCCGAAGAAACUUUAGUCGAUGGUGGAGGUGACCAACUGACUUACGAGCAAAAGCUCAAUAACUGUAAUGCGGUCGCCCUUCCGAUGGCUACGGAGAAAGAUUGCAAGAAGGUGUACAAGUUGUUGAAAAAAGCCUCAGAGAAGGAAAACGAACUCCGGGAGGCUCGCAAAAGCUCCAAGGCAAAGGUCAAGCCGGCACUAACAUGUGGCAUCAAGGCUGUGCAGCGCGCUCUCCGAAAAGAAGAAAAAGGAUUAUGCAUUCUGGCCGGUGAUAUUUCUCCUGUCGAUAUUUACUGCCACUUGCCCAUCGUUUGCGAACAGAACCAAAUUUCGUAUAUUUACGUACCAAGCCGUUACGACAUCGGCGGGGCCAUGGGCCUUAAGAGGCAGUGCUCCGUUGUGCUGGUGCACCCACACGAGGAUCUGAUAAAGUACUAUGCUGCCGUUGAAGAUCUCAUGGAAAAACGUUUUAAUACUGUCGAUUUCCAAUCCAUUACUGCAGCGUAAAAACUGCUAAUUCUAUAAAACCAAUGAUAGAAAACAAAUAGUCUGAGUAAAAGUGUACGAGGGUCAAACGUGCUCACUAUUUUUUAUGUUAAUAGAGCAUCGGGGGUUAAACUAUGUAAAAAAGUGAUGCAUUUAGAUUGGGUAUUGGCUUAUCUCUUUGCUGUAGGGCAAACGACAUGAGAAGAAUCGUUAUCCCUUUCUUUCUUUGACGAAUAGUUGCGUAUCUGCUUUGUCAUUGUAACCCAUUGUAAUAAAAAGGCUGUGUAAACGAAAACGUAGUAGGUUAUUAAUUUAAAUAAUCACAUUUUCAUUUGCUUGGUUUUUUUUUUAUCUAGACGUUAAGGUAGGUUCAGAGAGCUCGAAAUAAUGUCAAAAAUGGAACAUUGUAUUAAAACGUUGAAUGAAACCUAAUUUUAAUAAACGUGUGUGUAUAUAUAUAUAUAUAUAUAUAUAAUGAAAUUUAUCAAUGCAAUAAAACGUGUUGAAGUAUUUCA